UCCACUCGGCCAUUCAGUCCUGGGAGUCUAACCAGGCGAUAUUCAGCGGCUAAACCCGGCAUGGCUCCUCUCUUGGCCCGGCUACCAUCGGCGGUCCCACGAUUCCCUUUACUCCUCGCAAGAGCCAUGUCUUCCGCCGGUUAUCUCAUCAACGAGCCCAAAUACGCCUUCCUGAAGGAGCUGGGACUCGGAGAGACCAACAAGGGAGUCUACAACGGGCAAUGGUUCGCUAACGGAGAGACAGUAACAUCGUUCUGCCCAGCAAAUAAAAAGCCCAUUGCUCAGGUGCAGCAAGGUACCUUGGAUGACCUCAAUGCUUGUGUACAAGCAGGGAAGGAGGCAUGGGAGGUCUGGGCCGACAUGCCAGCUCCAGCCAGAGGAGAGAUUGUCAGACAAAUUGGAGAAGCACUUCGUGAGAAAUUGGAGCCCUUAGGGAAGCUGGUGUCUCUGGAAAUGGGUAAAAUCAAACCAGAAGGCAUUGGUGAGGUACAAGAAUAUGUUGACAUCUGUGAUUUUGCUGUUGGAUUGUCCAGAAUGUUGGGUGGCUCUGUACUUCCCUCAGAAAGACCAGGUCAUGUUCUUAUGGAAAACUGGAAUCCUCUGGGUAUUGUGGGUGUGAUCACUGCUUUCAAUUUCCCUGUUGCUGUGUAUGGGUGGAACAGCGCUAUUGCCAUGGUAUGUGGUGAUACCCUCCUUUGGAAAGGAGCACCAACUACUCCUCUCACGUCUGUUGCUACUACGAAGAUUGUGGCAUCUGUCCUGGAAAAGAAUAACUUGCCUGGAGCCAUUUCUACCCUGUGUUGCGGUGGUGCUGAUGUUGGUGCUGCAAUUGCCAAAGAUGAAAGAAUUCCUCUAGUCUCAUUUACUGGAUCAACAAAUGUUGGAAAUAAAGUUGCCUUGAUGGUACAAGAACGUUUUGGUCGACACUUGCUGGAGUUGGGUGGCAAUAAUGCCAUCAUUGUUGAUGAAGAUGCUGACGUAGAAAUGGUUGUGAGAGCCUCCUUGUUUGCAUGUGCAGGCACAGCAGGUCAGAGAUGCACCACCACACGCAGAUUAAUAUUGCACGAAAAGGUACAUGACGCCAUAGUCCAACGCUUGGUGAAAGCCUACAGCAAUUUCAUGCCCCGUGUUGGUGACCCUCUUGAUGAUGGAGUUUUGUAUGGUCCAAUGCAUUCUCAGCAGGGCAUCGAUGGUUACCUUUCUGCAGUCAAGGAUGCACAAGCACAAGGAGGCAAGAUCGAGUUUGGUGGCAAAGUGAUUGAACGUGAAGGCAAUUACGUUGAGCCCACAAUUGUGACUGGCCUUUCUCACGAUGCCCCUGUUGUCCACCGUGAAACUUUUGCACCAAUUGUGUACGUUCUUAAGUGUUCUUCAGUUAAUGAGGCCAUCCGGUGGAACAAUGAGGUCAAACAAGGACUUUCUUCUUCUCUCUUCACACAGAAUCUUGGAAAUGUUUUCAAGUGGUUGGGUCCCAAGGGGUCUGAUUGUGGUAUUGUGAACAUCAACAUUCCUACCAACGGUGCCGAGAUCGGAGGUGCAUUUGGCGGCGAGAAACACACUGGUGGCGGCAGGGAAUCUGGCUCAGAUUCAUGGAAGCAGUACAUGAGACGCUCUACUUGUACCAUCAAUUACACUAAAGAGUUACCAUUGGCUCAGGGUAUUAAGUUUGAGUAAUUUCUUUGAAACUUUAUAUAAAAAUUAUUUUAUGCUCCUUAAAUUUAUAGAUUCUAACUUUUGUAUUUCACAUACCUUAAUAAAUGGAAAAAAAUUGUGGUGGUUGUCAUACAUCCACAUUUGAUACCAAA